AGUGUGAGAAGCAGUAUGUGUGAGCAUGUGUGUGUGUGUAUGUGUGUGGGGGGGGUGUAAAAAUGUGUUUUUCAAAGUACUGAGAGGUUGAUGGGACUGUUUGAUUAGCUCCUCUGAGAAGAGAAAAGGUUCUUGGACCUCUCCCUGUUUCUUCCUCAGAAUAAUUUGGAUGGGAUUUGUGAUGCAGAAAAGCCUAAGGGAAAAAGAAUAUUCAUUCUGUAUGGUGAAAAAUUUUUGAAAAAAAAAUUGCCUUCUUCAAACAAGGGUGUCAUACUGAUAUUUAUGAGGACUGUUGUUCUCACUAUGAAGGCAUCUGUUAUUGAAAUGUUCCUUGUUUUGCUGGUGACUGGAGUACAUUCAAACAAAGAAACAGCAAAGAAGAUUAAAAGGCCCAAAUUCACCGUGCCUCAGAUCAACUGUGAUGUCAAAGCCGGAAAGAUCAUCAAUCCUGAGUUCAUUGUGAAAUGUCCAGCAGGAUGCCAAGACCCCAAAUACCAUAUUUAUGGCACUGACGUGUACGCAUCCUACUCCAGUGUGUGCGGUGCUGCCGUACACAGUGGUGUGCUUGAUAAUUCAGGAGGGAAAAUACUUGUUCGGAAGGUUGCUGGACAGUCUGGUUACAAAGGGAGUUAUUCCAACGGUGUCCAAUCGUUAUCCCUACCACGAUGGAGAGAAUCCUUUAUCGUCUUAGAGAGUAAACCCAAAAAGGGUGUAACCUACCCAUCAGCUCUUACGUACUCAUCAUCCAAAAGCCCAGUUGCCCAAGCAGGUGAGACCACAAAAGCCUAUCAGAGGCCACCCAUUCCAGGGACAACUGCACAGCCAGUCACUCUGAUGCAGCUUCUGGCUGUCACUGUAGCUGUGGCCACCCCCACCACCAUCUUGCCAAGGCCAUUCCCUUCUGCUGCUUCUACCACCAGCAUCCCCAGACCAGAGCCUGUGGGCCACAGGAGCCAGGAGAUGGAUCUCUGGUCCACUACCACCUACACAAGCAGCCAAAACAGGCCUGGAGCUGAUCCAGGUAUCCAAAGGCAAGAUCCUUCAGGAGCUGCCUUCCAGAAACCUGUUGGAGUGGAUGUCAGCCUGGGAGAGAUGGACUCAUGGAAACCUGGAUCGGUCCUUUUAGAUGAAGGACUUGUUCCAAAAGAAGAAUUGAGCACACAGUCUUUGGAGCCAGUAUCCCUGGGAGAUCCAAACUGCAAAAUUGACUUGUCGUUUUUAAUUGAUGGGAGCACCAGCAUUGGUAAACGGCGAUUCCGAAUCCAGAAGCAGCUCCUGGCUGAUGUUGCCCAAGCUCUUGACAUUGGCCCUGCGGGUCCACUGAUGGGUGUUGUCCAGUAUGGAGACAACCCUGCUACUCACUUUAACCUCAAGACACACAUGAAUUCUCGAGAUCUGAAGACAGCCAUAGAGAAAAUUACCCAGAGAGGAGGACUUUCUAAUGUAGGCCGAGCCAUCUCCUUUGUGACCAAGAACUUCUUUUCCAAAGCCAAUGGAAACAGAAGCGGCGCUCCCAACGUGGUGGUGGUGAUGGUGGAUGGCUGGCCCACGGACAAAGUGGAGGAGGCUUCAAGACUUGCAAGAGAGUCAGGAAUCAACAUUUUCUUCAUCACCAUUGAAGGUGCUGCUGAAAAUGAGAAGCAGUAUGUGGUGGAGCCCAACUUUGCAAACAAGGCUGUGUGCAGAACAAACGGCUUCUACUCGUUCCACGUGCAGAGCUGGUUUGGCCUCCACAAGACCCUGCAGCCCCUAGUGAAGCGGGUCUGUGACACCGACCGCCUGGCCUGCAGCAAGACCUGCUUGAACUCGGCUGACAUUGGCUUCGUCAUCGACGGCUCCAGCAGUGUGGGGACGGGCAACUUCCGCACCGUUCUCCAGUUUGUGACCAACCUCACCAAAGAGUUUGAGAUUUCCGACACGGACACGCGCAUCGGGGCCGUGCAGUACACCUACGAACAGCGGCUGGAGUUUGGGUUCGACAAGUACAGCAGCAAGCCCGACAUCCUCAACGCCAUCAAGAGGGUGGGCUACUGGAGUGGUGGCACAAGCACAGGGGCUGCCAUCAACUUCGCCCUGGAGCAGCUCUUCAAGAAGUCCAAGCCCAACAAGAGGAAGUUAAUGAUCCUCAUCACCGACGGGAGGUCCUACGACGACGUCCGGAUCCCAGCCAUGGCUGCCCAUCUGAAGGGAGUGUUCACCUAUGCGAUAGGCGUUGCCUGGGCUGCCCAGGAGGAGCUAGAAGUCAUUGCCACUCACCCCGCCAGGGACCACUCCUUCUUUGUGGACGAGUUUGACAACCUCUACCAGUAUGUCCCCAGGAUCAUCCAGAACAUUUGUACAGAGUUCAACUCACAGCCUCGGAAUUGAAUUCAGAGCAGGCAGAGCACCAGCAAGUGCUGCUUUACUGACUGACAUGUUGGACAACCCCAGCGUUUGAUGGGGCACGCACGGUGCAUCAAGGCUUGGGCAGGGCGUGGAGAAACAGAUGUCUUGUUGUUAUUCUUUGCCAUCGUGCUUUUUCAUACUCCAAAACUUGGAGUUACAAAGAUGAUCACAAAUGUAUAGAAUGAGCCAAAAGGCUACAUCAUGUUGAGGGUGCUGGAGAUUUUACAUUUUGACAAUUGUUUUCAAAAUAAAUGUUCAGAAUACAGUGCAGCCCUUAUGACAGGCUUAUAUAGAGCUUUUGUGAGAUUUUUAAGUUGUUAUUUCUCAUUAGAACUCUGUAACCCUCAGCAAGUUUCAUUUUUGUCAUGACAAUGUAGGAAUUGCUGAAUUAAAUGUUUAGAAGGAUGA